AAAUUCAUAAAGUUCUUUCCUAAAAAUGGAACGCCUAUCCCUUCUCUUCCUCCUCCUCUCCUCAGUCGUUGCUUCUGCGGUGGUCGCGGAAGUCAUCAGCAACGACGGCCCUCUGAUACGCCAAGUGGCAUCCGACGGAGUUGCCGAAGAAGAUUUUGUUGACCAACUCCUUAACGCCGAGCACCACUUUACGCUGUUCAAGUCUAAGUUCGGGAAAACAUACGCUACCAAGGAGGAACACGAUUACCGAUUGGGAGUCUUCAAGGCUAACAUGCGCCGGGCCAAGCGUCAUCAGCUCCUGGACCCCACUGCCUUUCACGGCGUUACGAAGUUCUCCGAUUUAACUCCAUCGGAGUUCCGUCGUCAGUUCCUCGGCUUGAAGCCGCUCAAACUCCCGGCUGAUGCUCAAAAGGCUCCUAUUCUUCCGACUGAUGAUUUACCCGAUGACUUUGACUGGCGCGACCAAGGCGCCGUUACCGGCGUUAAAGAUCAGGGCUCGUGUGGGUCGUGCUGGUCCUUUAGUACGACUGGAGCUUUGGAGGGAGCCCAUUAUUUGGCGACAGGGGAGCUUGUCAGCUUGAGCGAACAGCAGCUUGUUGAUUGUGAUCACGAGUGUGAUCCACAAGAAUAUGGUGCGUGUGACUCAGGGUGUAAUGGUGGGCUUAUGACUACUGCUUUUGAGUACACUAUAAAAGCUGGUGGACUUGAGAGAGAGAAGGACUAUCCUUACACUGGGAACGCCGGUGGUCCCUGCAAAUUUGACAAGACCAAAAUCGCUGCCUCUGUUUCUAACUUCAGCGUCAUAUCCAUUGAUGAGGACCAAAUCGCUGCAAAUUUGGUUAAGCAUGGCCCUCUUGCGGUGGGUAUCAAUGCCGUUUUCAUGCAGACAUACAUUCACGGGGUUUCAUGCCCAUAUAUUUGUGGGAAACAUUUGGAUCAUGGAGUCCUCCUUGUAGGGUAUGGAUCUGCUGGUUAUGCACCGGUUCGAUUUAAGAACAAGCCUUACUGGAUCAUAAAGAAUUCAUGGGGAGAAAAUUGGGGGGAGAACGGAUAUUACAAGAUCUGUAGAGGUAACAAUGUUUGUGGAGUGGACUCCAUGGUGUCCAGUGUAUCUGCCUUGCAUAUUUUAAAAAGGCAGCAGCUAUCACACUAGAUUGGCUUUGUAACUAAAUGGUAAGUAGCAUUAGCAUUGUUAUAAAUACAUAUAUCAGUAAGUAUUAUUUCCUGCUAUGCUGUGCCUUGAAACUCAAUAACCUUAUCCGUCGGAGAUCGCUAAUGUUCAUGUUUGUGUUCUAAUUAAGACGUUUAAUAUAUAUAUAUAAAUGGAAACUAUUAAAAUA